CAACCAAGUUCGCUUGAAAAGUGCUUCGGCUUCUAUAUAAUUCUUUUCAUUUUGCUACCGGUGAAUUUAAUUUAUACAAACGUUUAUUAGCGAAAUAUAUUAAAUAUUUCGACAGAAUUAUACUAUUUACUGCAUAGCAUAAUUUAAGAAAUAAGUUAAAAGAUUUGCAGAUUCACUCUGGUAAUUUGAUAAUUACUGCUAGUAGUUGCUUAAAAAUUGUCUGCGUCGCUGCUAUCGUAGCUUUCGCCGCUGUUGCUUUGUUGUUUUGGCGCCUUUGAGCCAACGCUAGCGGCGUGAAUAAUUUACCAACUAUGGUUGACCGAAGUGAUAAUGCUGAAUCUUUCGAUGAUGCCGUUGAAGAGCGCGUCAUUAAUGAAGAAUAUAAAAUAUGGAAGAAAAAUACACCAUUUCUUUACGAUUUGGUAAUGACACAUGCAUUGGAGUGGCCUUCAUUGACUGCACAGUGGCUGCCGGAUGUCACUAAACAGGAGGGAAAAGAUUAUUCUGUACAUCGUCUGAUUUUGGGCACCCAUACUUCGGACGAACAAAAUCACCUCCUCAUUGCAAGCGUUCAAUUACCCAGUGAAGAUGCUCAAUUCGAUGGCUCACAUUAUGAUAAUGAAAAAGGCGAGUUCGGAGGCUUUGGAUCUGUUUGUGGGAAGAUAGAAAUCGAAAUUAAAAUCAAUCAUGAGGGUGAAGUAAAUCGUGCACGUUAUAUGCCACAAAAUGCAUGUGUUAUUGCAACGAAAACACCAUCAAGCGAUGUGCUUGUCUUUGAUUAUACGAAACAUCCUAGUAAACCCGAACCAUCCGGUGAAUGCCAUCCUGAUUUGCGAUUGCGGGGACAUCAAAAAGAAGGUUAUGGACUAUCAUGGAAUCCAAAUUUAAAUGGCUAUUUACUGUCUGCGUCUGACGAUCAUACAAUCUGCCUUUGGGAUAUAAACGCCACACCUAAGGAGCAUCGGGUUAUUGAUGCAAAAAAUAUUUUCACCGGUCACACUGCAGUCGUGGAAGACGUUGCCUGGCAUUUGUUGCAUGAAUCACUUUUUGGUUCUGUUGCUGAUGAUCAGAAACUUAUGAUCUGGGACACACGUAAUAAUAAUACGUCAAAACCAUCGCAUACGGUGGAUGCCCAUACGGCUGAAGUAAAUUGUUUGAGUUUUAAUCCCUAUUCUGAAUUUAUUCUGGCAACCGGUUCUGCUGAUAAGACAGUGGCAUUAUGGGACUUGCGCAAUCUCAAAUUGAAACUACAUUCCUUCGAGUCGCAUAAGGACGAAAUUUUCCAAGUACAGUGGUCACCGCAUAAUGAAACAAUUUUGGCUUCGUCUGGUACGGACCGUCGACUACAUGUAUGGGAUCUAUCGAAAAUUGGUGAAGAACAGAGCGCAGAAGACGCCGAAGAUGGACCACCAGAGCUAUUAUUCAUUCAUGGCGGUCAUACCGCUAAAAUAUCGGACUUCUCGUGGAAUCCAAACGAACCGUGGAUAAUAUGUUCGGUUUCGGAGGACAACAUAAUGCAAGUAUGGCAGAUGGCAGAAAACGUAUAUAAUGACGAGGAGCCCGAAAUACCAGCAUCUGAAUUGGAAACAGCCACCGCAUAACUGAUUCUAAUUAUCGUGUUUUUAUAAAUUACAAGUUUUUUAACUACUGUUUUGAAAUACUACCUAUGUCAAUAUCCAUACGUGUGGGAAAAAUGAUAUAUACUUUCUUUUAUAAUUAUUUUCUGUUUAUAAAUAAUAUGUAUGCAGUUUUAGUAAUUUAUUUGUUCUGUAUUAGUAUGCAACGCUCAUCUAUUAUUACUAGUAAGUUAGACGGUGAGCGCGCAUUGUCUCAAAUAUACACACGUACAUAUAUAUGCAUGGGCACAGGCUGUCCAAAUAAAGAAAAUUACUAUCUUACUAAUGCGUAGAGUAA